GAUACGUAGGCGUUUAUAAACGUCUGAAGGAUAAGACCUUGGCGAUAAUUAGCCUGUCAGCCUUUAUAACGGGUCACUCUUUGUUCCCAGGUCAUCCGGUGUUCUCUUCUCCUGGUCUUAACAUCGAGUUCCACUCGAUCGAAGGCAACUAUCAUGCUGAAACUGACAUUUAUGAUGGCGGUGUGCGGUCUGGCUGCUGCCUUACCAACCCCAGACAUCGUAGUUGUCCCUCAACCUGUUCGCUCUGAUUUCAUCGGCUAUGGAACUGGCGACACCUUCCUGGACAGCGCACUGCACUCCAAGAUGGAGGAGGGAGCACCAGCUCAGAGUGACGCACAGGUUCUUGGCGUCUUGGUUGGCGAAGGAACUAUUGGCUCUAAGGGUGAAGCCUCUCUCGACCUUCCAGGGGGAAAAGGUUUAGGAAGCGGAGAUGUCAUUAUUGUUACCCCACGGUGUGGUGGUGAGACCUGCUGGCUUGCACUUUACCUUUACUCAUUUGAACCCUCUCCAUUAUCUUUCGAGAAAGAAUUUAGUGGAGCCAGCAAAGGCUUAUCUGGAGGAUUCCAAGGCAGUCUGAAGGCUGUGAGUCUUGAGGACCGCGGCUCAAGUGGUGUCUCAGAUCUUCGUGGACGCCACAGAGGAACCGGAGGCAUCGUAGGUGGAAGUACUGGUGUUACUGGUCAGAGGAAGGACGCCCUCUUAAUUGUCCCAGUCUCUGCCUAAACAGUGACGACUCACAGUUCUCAGAGCAUUAGGGGCCCCAGUCAUCCAACACACCAGUACCAGAACUGUCGUAUGUCACGAACCUGGAGAGAUUACACAUCGAAACUUCGAAUUAUGGAGAACCAUUGGAGACCUUUACAUCAAAAUUAUAAAAACAAGAAGAAAUCCGCAUUAAAGAUAUCCUGAUGUCAGCACUCUAUGAUGGACCAGACCUUCAUAAACUCUUAGACACCGGAAAAAGUUAAUUACGAGACUUGUGAACACCAACGUACCAAAAGAAAGAAACUUUUGAGGCCUUCAUAACAGGACUCUACAAAAUACAUCAUACUGAACUGUACAUGUAGAUGAAUGACUUGGAUUUUUAAACAUACACAUAAACUUUCUAAACAUUAAAUAAAUGACCUACUGUAGAUGUUUCGCACACUUCAUGAAUAAAUCAACAAAUGCUUAACCACUUGCUAA